CCCGCCCCUCCGCGAUUCAUGGAAACGCCCAUUAGCCUACUGGCCCGCCUUCAGGGUGGUGCCGGCACUUGGUUCCGCCCCUUUAUUCCUUUUCCGCUCGGGGAAAGGCCGCUUCCGGUGGCUCUCGCGGGCUGCCGAGCGUUAUGGCGGCGCGGCAGCCUCUGCGCGUGUUGUGCCUGGCGGGCUUCCGGCAGAGCGAGCGGGGCUUCCGCGAGAAGACCGGAGCUCUGAGGAAGGCGCUGCGGGGCCGCGCCGAGCUCGUGUGCCUCAGCGGCCCGCACCCGGUCCCGGAGGCAGCGGGCCCCGGAGGUACGGGGCUAGACUCCGGGCCAUGCCCUCCGGAGGAGCAGCCCCGAGGCUGGUGGUUCUCUGAGGAGGCAGCCGUUUUCUCUGCGCUGGAAGAGCCCACGGUGUGCAGGGGACUGGAGGAAGCCCUGGAAGCGGUGGCACAGGCACUGAACAAGCUCGGGCCUUUUGACGGGCUCCUUGGUUUCAGCCAGGGGGCAGCGUUAGCAGCCUUUGUGUGUGCCCUGGGCCAGGCAGGUGAUCCCCGAUUCCCCUUGCUACGGUUCACCAUCCUGGUGUCUGGCUUCUGUCCCCGGGGCCUUGGACUCAAAGAACCCAUCGUGAAGGCUCCCUUGUCACUCCCUUCGCUCCAUGUUUUUGGGGAUACUGACCGUGUCAUCCCCUCUCAGGAGAGUCUGCAGCUGGCUAGCCACUUCCCUGGAGCCGUCACCCUCAGCCACUCUGGUGGCCACUUCAUUCCAGCUGCUGCACCACAGCGCCAGGCCUACAUCAAGUUCUUGGACCAGUUUGCAGAGUGAAAGAUCAACAAAUGCCUCUGUCCGCUUAUUCUCCCUCCCAGCCCCUGCGGCAUGAGACCUUAGUGCACCCUCUGUAUGACCUAUAAUCCCUGCCCUCCCCUUCUGCUCCUCACCUGGAACCCCUAUUGCUGUUAUUGCCCCUCAUUAUGACCAAUUAAGAGACAAAUGUCAAUUCUUAGAGCCCUGCUCUAGAUUUGAGAAAAGAGGGGCAGAGGCCUUGGGUGGACGCUUUGACUUCUGAUACUCAAACAUGGAAAAGGUCAGCGGAACCCUGGAUCAGAGGAGGGCGACAUGGGAAAUGCAGGGCCUGGCACCACUGUGACUGCCACAUAAUAAAGUGGUGAUUUGGGCUUUGAGCAUCUCUUUCCUGGUACACAACAAAAAAAGCCAUUUUAUAAUGGAAGUCUUGGAUCCCUGGCCAUUCACACAGCCCAUGGGGCAGCACCAAGCAAGAAGGUGUUCCAGUUGUGAGCCCCCAGGACUCAGGCAUGUGUGCACGUAUAUACUCACACGUUUUUGGUGGAACUCUUAAGGCACAAACUGAAGGAAAGGAGACCUCAGCUAAAUUAGGAAAGAAUUCAUGUUGGAUGUUUUGGGAAGAGAGCACCUCACAAGGCUGCAUGUGGGGCACACAACUUUAGGUUUCCUUUAGCCUGCUCCCUGGGAGUUGUGUGCUGGCCUUUUUCAGAGCCUGGCUUCUUGUGUUCUCUGCAUUCUCCAUAACUGCUCUAGCUCCUCUGAACUAUAUGACCUGACCCAUCUGGAGGGUUUCUGAGAUUGAUGCUACUCUGUAGCGACCACAGCCAGAGCCUAAGCAGCCCAGCUGGUUUGCCCUUGGGAGUGUAGUUAGUCUUUGCUAGGCACUGUAACAAUUGCUCACCCCAGUCAUUUUCCCCUCACUUCAAGUGCCUACCCCUGCACCCCCUCCUGCCCCCGCCGUGCACACUGCUAUCUUUCACCCUAUCUUAGUUAUCUAGUGCUGCUGUAACAGAAAUACUGCUUUAACAAACAGAAAUGUAUCUUCUUAGUUUAAGAGACUAGAAAUGAAUUCAGAGCACUGGCUCUAGGAAAGGCUUUCUCUGUCAGCUCUGGAAGAAGGGCCUUCUCUCUUCAGCUUUUGCUUCCUGGUUCCUUGUAGAUCUUCACGUGUCUUGGUAUCUAUCUAACCCCACCUCUGCUAGCUGGCUGGCUGGUUUAAUCUUUUCUCUCUCAAAAGAGAUUCACUGAAGACACAUCCUACACUAAUCCUGCCUCAUUAACAUAACAAAGAGCCCAUUCCCAAAUGGGAUUAUAACCAUAGGCAUAAAAAAUAGAGGUUAGGAAUUACAACACAUGUUUCUGGGGGAUGCGAUUCAUAACACCCCCUGUCUCUACAGGGCCCUUCAUUAGCCUGUUCCUUUUCUGGCCCUCUCCAGCCCUUGGGCUUGGUUGCCCCACAGGAAUUAGGGGUUAGGAGCUGCAGCACAAAUACUCCAGACCAUCUGGAGACAACCACACUGAUUGAUAGCCCUUAAGUUACACAAGGUUCUGAGUUCCUGACUAUAGAUAGCAGCUGUCCAAGAUAAAAAGCUAGGGUUACGUUCCUGGAUGCCAGGGACUUCAUCUACCCAGACAAGAGGCCCAGUUCACUGAGUUUAGGACUUUUACAGCAGGAAGUGGGAGAGUUCUCCCUUGCUAGUCUGCCCCUGCAGUGCUCUUCGUGUUUUAGAGAGAUCCCCUGGCAAAAGUAGGGGACUCUGAAAUGGACUGAAUUACUCCUACAGACCUGUUGGAUUUGACCCAUGAGAUUUUAGAAGAAAAAUUGGAUUAGCUGCCAGUAUUAAAAUUUCUAGAAAACCCUUACAAAAAUUCAGGUUUUGGUUCCUCUGGAAAUAAUGGAUCUAUAGCUCAGGGACUACAUACCCUCGUGGCUAUCAUUGGCUGCCCUCUUUAGCAAGGUCCCCAGAGAGGAAGUGACUUGCACUCCCCAGCGGCUGCUACUUGGGAUUAUCAUGAGAAUUAAAGGAGAGAGGGAAAUUGUAUGGAGGAAUGAAUUUUAAGUGGUGCCUUAAAAUCAGAAGGGGAGAGGAAGCCAAAAUUAGAGCAAAAGUGCUCAUGCUUGAGUUGAGAAAGCAGGUGAAGGAGAAUUCCCCCUAAGAAUCAUCAGAUGUCCAAGCUGGAAGGAAAAGAUCGUGGGGGUCUUAUUCCCAACAAGUGGAAAUGUCACCUCCUAUCAUGAUUUGACGGCAAUGGGUUUUCAUCACGUCCUCCAAGAACAAAAGAGAACCAGAGGGUUGUGCCUGCCCCCCAGCCCCACCACACACACACAGAUUGUAUGGACCACGUGCAUCAGGGUCAUCUGUUAAAACUGGGAUUCCUGGGGCCAAUUCCAGACCUACUGAGCCAGAAUCACUAAGACCCAGGAAUCUGCAUUUUGACAAAAUGUCCGUAGUCAUUCCCAACCAAGGUAGUAUUUGAAAAGC